AUGAAGAAUUAUACCCUUGGGAACUUGGUGGAGGGUUGUCCUGAGUGAGAACUGCUUUUUGGUGUAAUCAUGCACAGGUCCCUGGUCGGGCUGGAUAAAUUCUUGGGGCAAGUGGCAAUCAAUCUCAAUGACAUCUUUGAGGACAAACAAAGAAGGAAAACCGAGUGGUUCAGAUUAGAAUCCAAACAAGGAAAAAGAGCCAAAAACAGGGGUGAGAUAAAAGUCAAUAUUCAGUUCAUGAGGAACAAUAUGACAGCCAGUAUGUUCGAUUUAUCAAUGAAGGACAAAACGAGAUCUCCUUUUGCAAAACUAAAAGAUAAGAUGAAAGGAAGAAAAAACGAUGGGACAUUUUCGGAUACGUCUUCUGCAAUCAUUCCAAGCACUCCCCUGCCUGAUGCCAGCACGGAGUUUGCAAGCCACGAAAUCCAGAUGAAAUCUAAACCAAAAAAACCUUUUCUUUUGGGACCUCAGAGACUUUCUUCAGCCCAUUCAAUGUCUGACUUAACUGGGUCCCACAUGUCCUCUGAGAAACUGAAGUCAGGCACUGUUGGUCAAACACAUCUUCUGGGGCGCCAGAUAGAUUCCUUUGGGGCAGUUCCAGAAAGCGGAAGUCUCAAAUCUCCACACAGAAGAACAUUAAGCUUUGAUACUUCUAAAAUGAACCAACCUGACAACAGCGUGGCCGAAGGCGAACCGUCGUCCUUCGGAAGACAGAAUGACCCAUUUACAAAUGUGACUGCUUCAUUACUCCCAAAAUUUGCAACACUGCCAAGGAAGAAAAACCCAUUUGAAGAAAGCAGUGAAUCAUGGGACAGCAGUGUGAAUUUAUUUUCCAAAUCAGUUGAAAUAAGGAAAGAAAACAAAAGAGAGAAGAGAGAGAAAGUUAGCCUCUUUGAAAGAGUUACUGGGAAAAAAGACAGCAGAAGAUCUGAUAGACCUAACAGUGGGGGGUCACACAGUCCUUGUGACGUGAAAUCACCUAAUGCGUUCAGUGAAAACCGCCAGGACUGCUUUGAUUAUGAGUCAACUAAUCCGUUUACAACAAAAUUCAGGGCUUCUAAUAUAAUGCCAUCUUCAAGUUUUCAUACGAAUCCGACAAGCAGUGAAGACCUCAGGAAAAUACUGGACAGCAACCCGUUUGAUGCCACUGCCGGGUACCGCAGUCUGACCUACGAGGAGGUCCUGCAGGAACUGGUGAAGCACAAGGAGCUCCUGAGGAGGAAGGACACCCACAUCCGGGAACUUGAGGACUACAUCGACAACCUCCUCGUUAGGGUGAUGGAGGAAACGCCCAGCAUCCUCCGGGUGCCCUACGAGCCCUCCAGGAAAGCCGGCAGAUUCCCAGAUAGUUAA